UUUCCACCGUUGGAGCAGAUCCAGACGAGGUUCCGUGGUCAAGAGAAGAGGAGCGAUGCCAUCAGCCUUCUCGAUCGACAAGUUCACGGACAAGCUGCGCAGCUGCAACGAGACCGCGGGCUCCAUCCAGACGCUGAGCGCAUGGGUGCUCCACCACCGGGCGGCGCUGCCCGAGAUGCUCGAUGCAUGGUACACCAGCUUCAUUGCCGAGACCGCGGCCAAGAAGAUCGUGUAUUUGUACGUGGCGAACGACGUCAUGCAGACCGGUCUGCGCAAGAUCGGCGAAAAGAUCCCGCUGGCGUGCGCCCACAAGGUCAUGAUGGCGGUCGUGCAUGCGAUGCACCCGCAGCGCGACCAAGCGGUGCAUGGCGUCGUGCGCAAGCUCGUGCGUGUCUGGACCGACCGCCGCAUUCUCAACGCCGCCGUCUUGGCCAAGAUGGCCGACCUCUGCAACAAUGGCGCGCGGCCGAUCGACGCGGCCUCGGAUGACGCGUUAGCGACCGAAGAGGACUCAGCCCGCGACAGCUUCCAGGACGAUGCGCUCUUGACCGAGAACCUCGUGCUCGGCGACCUCCCGGACGCCGACGACUCGGAAGUCACGAAGGACGCGGCGCAGAAGCUGCAGGAUCUCGAGGCCGAAAUCAUUAGCACGGACUUGCUCAGCGAUCGCAUGUUCCAGUUGCACUCGAACAUCAAGAUGUUUUACAAGGCGCAGACCGACGAGGCGUUCGAUGUGGACGAAGAGAAGCUCUGCGGUAUGAACUGGGACAUGCUCGAAGUGCCCGUCUUUGAGAUUGUCGUCGACCAGAGCCAGCAGCAGGUCGCGACUUUUCGCCAUCACCUCGAGCAGCAAGGCGCCAAGCGCAACGACCUCAUGGACCACUACGCAUCGCUGACGACGUUUGAUGUGCUCGACGACCCGAUUAUCUGCGACGUCUCGAUGCGCAUGGAGAAGGAGCUCGAGGACAUGGAGCGUCUCCAAACGCUCUGCAAGGAGGCCGUCGUGCUACAAGAGACAACCAAGUUGCAGAAACUGGCGGCCUCCAAGCUCAAGCGCCGUCACAGCGACCGGAGCGUCACUGCCCCCGCGGCGCUGACGCACCGUCACAGCGAUACGGACGUGCUCUCCCGAUCGCGCUGGGACCGUGCGCCGCCCGCCGUCAACCACCCACCACCGACGUCGUCGUCGUACAGCUACGGGUUCGAAGCCCCAGUUGCGCCAGCGUACCAGGCGCCCCCUGCGUACGAAUACACAUCGGCGUCGUCAUCGUCGUACGCACCGUCUUCGUAUGGCUAUGCCCCGCAAGAGACGUACCAGUACCGCGCGGCGCCCGAGCCCCAGUACGGCUACGCGUCGUCUGCGCGCAGCGGUGACAAGUACGGUCGGAAGCGCGAUCGCUCUCGGUCCCGGUCGCCGCCCCGCCGCUCCCAAGACCGACCGCGCACCCACAGCAGCAAGUUUAGCAGCCAAGGCUCCGGCUACAAACGGUCCCAGCGGUCGCGGUCCCGGUCGCGCGAGCGCGAGCGCUGGUGACUAUGGAGAGACGCCCUAACUGCAUCUUCUUUUUUAUCGUAUCGCUCUGCGACUAAUCUAAUCCCUCUAUGCUUUGUGCGCGUGCCA